UUGGAUUCCACCACGUAAAUAGCAGGCGGCUUUCACACUAGGCAGGGGGCGGGUCGCGGGGGUAUGACAUAGACAAAAUGGCGGCGGCAACCAUGGAGUCAGCGAAAGAGUCACACGUGGGGAAAAAGCCUCCAGCUCGUUACUGGCACAAGAACAAAGAUGAAAAUGAAGAAGGAAAACAGGCUGCUGAUGCACACGAGCAGGAGCUUGACACCACGCCAACAAAAGCGAGAAGGAAACGCUCAAGAUCUCGAAAACAAGAUGCUUUCCCAGGACCUGCUUCUAUUCCAAAAGCCAAGCUGCAGAAGUUCACAAGGGAAGGGAAAACAAAAGAUCAGAUCUGCAAGCAUCACAAAAAACUAAAAGAAGUCAUUUCUCGUUCAAAUGAAGCCUCUGAAAUGGCUCAAAAACAAGCUGCCCGCUUUGACCUACUACUCCCAGAGGAAGCAGGGUUGUUAGAAGGAGAUGAAGAUGAGGACACAUGCACCAUCUCACAGCAAGACAUCGCAGAGGCUGUGGAUAUAUCGUCUGGGGCCAAGUAUUUUAACCUGAAUCUAUCUCAAUUUGGACCAUACCGACUGGAUUACAGCAGGACGGGGCGCCACCUGCUACUCGGUGGGAGGAGAGGCCAUAUUGCUUGUCUCGACUGGCAAUCUAAACAGUUAAUGUGUGAGAUAAACGUGAUGGAGUCAAUCAACGAUGUCCGAUGGCUUCACACUGAGGCCAUGUUUGCAGUGGCUCAGAAAAAGUGGCUGCACAUCUACGACUCAAAUGGAAUAGAGCUUCACUGCAUCCGCAAGUUCAACGAUGUCCUUCGCAUGCAGUUUCUGCCGUACCACUUUUUGUUGGCUACUGCUAGUGCCACAGGCUUCCUGCAAUAUCUUGAUGUAUCCGUGGGAAAAGAGGUUACCGCCACCUGCACCAAAAUGGGCCGGCUUGCCGUCAUGUGUCAGAACUCCUACAAUGCUGUCAUCCAUCUCGGCCACCCCAACGGGACAGUCACCCUGUGGUCGCCCAAUCAAAAAGAGGCCCUCGUCAGGAUGCUCUGUCACCGGGGAGGAGUGCGUUCCAUUGCCGUGGACAAAACUGGAACCUACAUGGUGACGUCAGGCAUGGACAAAAAGCUGAAGGUGUUUGACGUCAGAACAUUCCAGCCCCUCAAUUCUUACUUCCUCCCAGCUGGAGCUUCCUGUUUGUCGCUCAGCCAUCGGGGGUUGCUGUCUGCAGCCACAGGGGAUGUCGUCCAGGUAUACAAGAAUUUGUGGAGCUCUUCAGUGACCAAACCCUACAUUGCUCACAGAAUCAAGGCUGCCGCAUGUGAGCUACACUUUUGCCCCUUUGAGGAUGUGCUUGGGGUCGGCCAUGGACAAGGCUUUACUAGUAUGCUCGUACCAGGAGCGGGUGAGCCUAACUUUGAUGGCCUUGAUUCAAAUCCAUAUCGCAGUGCCAAACAGAGGCAGGAAUGGGAAGUGAAGGCCCUGCUGGAAAAGAUUCAGCCGGAACUUAUCAGUUUGGACCCCUCUGAACUGGCUAAGGUUGAUCUUGGCACCUUCCAACAGAGGCACCAAGACAGAGUGCAAGCUUUGGGCUUUGAUCCUCUUGCCAAAGAAAGAUUUGUCCCCAGGAAUAAGAAAAAAGGUCGCAGCUCAGCUGGCAAUGUAGAAAGGCGAAAGAAGAAAGUGGCUGAUGCUGACAAGAGGGAUGUCAUUGUGAAAAGUAUGGAGGACAAAAUGAAGAUGGAGCAAGAAAGAAAAGCAAAGGAAAAGAAGAAGGCAGAAUUCGCGAGCCGAAAAUCAGUUUUAGACAGAUUCCAAAAAUAGAAGAGGUGCUACAAAAACAUGUUGGGAUCUGGUUGGAAGUGUGUGUGUGCGUGUGUGUGUGUGGAUCUGACUUGUGAUUUUGUAGUUGACUCUAAUAAAAAAAAAGAAACCAACCAUCAAAC